AUGCCAAACAGAAACUCCAUCGUCCACAACCAAUCCACCAUCCUACGAAGGUCACCCAGACUCCUCCUCCAACAAAAUCACAACACCACAGACCCUAAAUCCGCAAAAUGGAGCGAUUCCACAAAGAAACCUUCGUUCAAAUCAAAAAUUUUUGCUGUUGGGUCGAGAAGAUCUCCCAGGUUGAACAGUGGGUUUCCGUCUCCGAGACGAUCUCCCAGGUUGAAUAACCGCAAGGACCCUUCCAAUCACCCAAGCGAUAACAAAUUGAGUAAACGUUCCGGCGGUUCCAGGAAUCACACGAGUGCCAAGGGUGCUGAACCCAAAACGAAAGAAAAUCGUGUUUUUUCGGAUGAGGGGUUUGUGAUUGAAGGUGGAGGAACAAAGGCGAAAAAUGAAGAGAGGGUUGAAAUGGGAGUGAAGAGAAAGCGCGAUGGCGAAGAGAUUGCGAAAGGAUGGACAAAGGAAGAAGAAUUGGCUUUGCAAAGAGCGUAUUUUGCUACUAAGCCUAGCCCCCAUUUCUGGAAGAACGUUUCUAAGCUGGUGCCUGGAAAGUCUCAACAAGAUUGCUUUGAUAGAAUUCACCGUGACCAUAUAACACCGCGUCAAUCUCAGCCUCGGUCAAGGGCGAAGACAUUGAAGUCAUCACCCCUUCAUCAAUUCUCAAUAUCUGCAAGUAAACUGCUCAAACCUAUCGAUGAAAUGGUUAGAAGAUCAAAAGUGCUAAAACCAAAGAACAUUAUCACCCAGAAGUCUGUAGAGAAGCUGUUACAGUGCCAUCUUAAAGUUGAUCAGGACCGUGAAGGGGACAUUUUUUCUGUUCUUGAACCAAACAUUGAUUUUUCUACUAAUGCAGUACAGCCUAGUGAAAUACUUUAUACUCCAAAGCAGCAAAAGGAAAACAAAGGGUUCCUACAAAGUUGCUCUGAAAAAUCAUCAUCUUCAAGUCAUAAGAAGCCCCUUUCAAGAUUAAGUUCCUCGAGUGUAGCAGAUCUUGUUAGCCCCCCAGUACUAAAGCAUGUAAAGAACAAGGUACUACAUGAGAAAUAUAUCAAUCAAUUGCGCUGCAGGGAAGCUAAGAGAAGAGCAGCCUCUUUACAAACUGGGAAAAUGAUAGAAGGAAACAGCAUCCAGAAAAGGGAUGUGGUUAAAGCUGCAAAAGUUGCCUUGGUUUCUGAAGCUAGAGAUGCUAUCAAUAAGUUUCAGCAGUCGCAAGUCAAUUUCGUGGGCAACACUUGUAGUUCUGAUGAAGACAAUGAUGAUGAAAUUGGAUUGGAUUAUGAAAGUCAAUAG